CCCCUCUCCUUCAUGUUCCCCUCUUCAGUCUCUCUUCACUCAGAUCUCUCUCGGGCAUUCACUACCACUAGAUCCCUUAGAAUUGUUACUCUUCAAUCUUUCACUGAGCCCGCCCCGUCCAACAACUCAUCCGCUGUCUUGUCGAUCGCCCCGCCCUAAGUUGUAGACGUCAUACAUCUGUGCGCCUCCACGAUCUGACAAUUUCUCCCGACAAGGCUGGCACGACUAUCACCCACCAAAUCUUCCCUGGACAAUCUCCGAUCAACUAGCUAUCACUUCGGCCUUGAAGAGGCGCUCUGCCCACCAUGUUCGCCGGCAAGCGCCUGAGCAAGGAGCUCCUAAAGAUGAAAGACCACCUUCCCCCCGGGAUCACAAUCGUCAAGUCCGAAAACCUCGAGGAAUGGCAAAUGGACAUCAAAGUCCUCGACUCCAACCCGCUCUACCAAAACGAGACCUACCGGCUAAAAUUCACCUUUAGCAAUAAGUACCCAAUCGAACCCCCCGAAGUCCAAUUCAUCGAAUGCCCACCCACCUCCGACCACCCCCGUCCCAUCCCCAUCCACCCACACAUCUACAGCAACGGCAUAAUAUGUCUCGAUCUGCUCAGCUCGGCAGGCUGGUCACCCGUACAGACGGUCGAGAGCGUCUGCAUGAGUAUUCAGAGCAUGUUGACCGCUAAUUCGCGCAAUGAGCGACCUCCCGGUGAUAGUGACUUUGUGUCGUAUAAUCGGAGGAGACCUAGGGAUAUUAAUUUUCAUUAUGAUGAUGAUAAUGUAUAAUAUUCCUGGGGACUGGGAAGGUGAAAUUGGUGGUGGUGGUGGUGAUUGCAUUGAUAUUGGCGCGUGAUCUUGAUCUUCCAUCUUCUUUUUCAUUAUACAUAUCACUCAAGAGCCCUUUCCUCUUUUAUUUCACUAAUUGCUUUGCUUGCUUGCUUGGUUCUUAUCAAGGCGAACAAGGAGUUCAACCGGAAAUCGAGUGGAGCGUUGGUAUUAUGCAUGAAAUGCAUUUACGCGUGGGUUUUAUUCUUACUUGUUUGCUCUUUAGUUCUUUCUUUACACAGUUACAUCUCCUGUCUUAUAUAUUUACACCAUAUAUACACACAUACAUAUUUCGCUACA